ACAUUAUAAUACAAUCAAAAAUAAAGUGCGAAAACAAUGACGAAAAUGUAAUAUGCAAGUCAAACCGGAACAGAUACUUGUUCCGUGCAACUGUGGUUGAAGGGACUAGAGGCUGAUAGGAUGUGACUACCAAGCACCAUAACCAUGUAUAGAAUAUGAGUUAUCCAGAUUUAUCAGACAUCACAGCCAGUAAAGAUUCUACCAAACAAAUAACAGAAAUUAAAUCCUCAGUGGAAAUGAAGGAAUCUCCUACACAAUUGUCUCUAAAGUCACCAGUGCUGAUAUUUCAAAAUGGGAAACAGAAACUUGAUACAAACAAGCUUUUGUUUCAUUGUGACCCUAACAACUUGUCAAAUAUUUAUGCCCUUGCUCAAGCAAAUUUGGUUCAGCAAACACAACAUGAUAUAAUGAGAAUGUUUUCUGUAGAUGUUUCUGAUCAGCGACCAGCUACGGAACUUGAACCUGUGAUCAAUGGAAGGAAAGAUUCUGUGACCAUUAAACUAGUUGAUGAGCGUCAGCACAUAUGUGAUAUUAAGGGUUGUGGUAGAUCAUUUGCUUCAUCAGGUUAUUUAAAAAACCAUCAGUUAAUCCAUGAGAAGGAGAAAGAAUUACAAUGUCAUUUUGAAGGGUGUGGAAGGAAAUUUUCUUGGCCAGCUCAUCUAAAGUACCAUUUAUUAACACAUCAGAAAAACCGAAACUUUAAGUGCCCAGGAGAAGGUUGUUAUAAAUCCUUUGUUACAGCUCAGCAACUAAAAGUGCAUUCUCGUACACAUACAGGUGAAAAACCUUUCCAGUGUGACCAUUGUAGGAAAGCAUUUACUACUGCAGGGAAUCUAAGAAAUCAUAUACGUACUCAUACAGGAGAUAAACCAUAUGGAUGUCCACAUCCAAAGUGUGACCUGAGAUUUGCAGAAUAUUCAAGUCUUAAGAAGCAUUCUUUAGUACAUACAGGAGAGAAACCUUUCAGGUGCAAGUUUUGCAAUAGGAGUUUUACACAAAGUGGAAGUAUGAGAGUACAUAUGAAGAAACAUUCAUCCAACAUCAAUGAUUCCAGUGUAAAUAAAGAAACUGAUUUUAAUGUUGUGAUGAUGGAAGAAGAUCUUGCCGAAAAUAAUUUAGAUUAUCAGGUAGUUUUCCCAGACAGUAUUACAGACCAAGUGAUAACCGUUACCACAGAACAAACAGCUAAUAUAUCUAAUGAAUUGUUAGUCAUUGAAGAUUUAGUUACCAAGGAAACAAGAGUACAUCAGGAAACAUCAUGUGCUGCUAAUGUUGUAGUUGUUCCCCUUCCACAGUUACCAGUUACUAUGACAACCAGUUACCAUCAUACAAACACACCAGAAGAGACUGUAUAUGACAAUGAUUUUUUACAUUCAGAUUUUAGCCAUGGACAGAUUACCUGUGAUAUAAUGUUAAAUGAACAAAAGACAUGAGCAAUUCAUAAAUUAGGAUUCUACUUUUAUAUCUUAUGGAAUAGAUUUUACAACUAAAAUAGUUUUAAGAUUUUGACAUAAUGUAUGAAACUGUAACUAUUGAGGUUGGGAAAUAUCAUAUCUUAACUGAUUUUAGACAUAAUCUGUUCUAUCAUAAUAGUUUAAAGAUAAUAUUGACAUCCUUUCACCCUUUUUGUGAGACAACAGAAUCAAGAUUUAUUAUUAUUAAAACAAGAAUUCCAUUACUAAGAGAAUUUUCAAACUGCACUGUAUUUCUUGGCAACCACAGUCCCUUGUUAUGCCCCACCUAUGAUAGUAGAGGGGCAUUAUGUUUUCUGGUCUGUGUGUCCAUUCGUCCGUCUGUCUGUACGUUCGUCCAUCUGUGUCUGUCCGUUCGUUUGUCCGUCUGUCCUGCUUUAGGUUAAAGUUUUUGGUCAAGGUAGUUUUUGAUGAAGUUGAAGUCCAAUCAACUUGAAACUUAGUACACAUGUUCCUUAUGAUAUGAUCUUUCUAAUUUUAAAGCCAAAUUAAACUUUUGACUCCAAUUUCACGGUCCACUGAACAUAGAAAAUGAAAGUGCAUGUUUCAGGUUAAAGUUUUUGGUCAAGGUAGUUUUUGAUGAAGUUGAAGUCAAAUCAACUUGAAACUUAGUACACAUGUUCCCUAUGAUAUUAUCUUUCUAAUUUUAAUACCUUAUUAUAUUUUUUAUCCAAUUUCAUGGUCCAUUGAACAUGGGAAAUGAAAGUGCGAGUGGGGCAUCCAUUUACUUGGGACACAUUCUUGUUUUUGUUAUUAUAAAAUGUGAACACUGUAGAUAGUCCUCCAAAAUCUUACAAUGGAAUCAUGUAUAGAAAUUAUAACUACAAAGAAAACAUAUACCGCAGCUGUUAAAUAAGUACCCCUCUGUUUCAAGUUUAUGAAGUUUAAUCAAAUAAAUGCAAAUCCUUUGAAGUGGUUAUAUAUGAUAUGUAAUUUAUUUUGUUUUUAAAUAAAACUGUUAUAUAUUUACUGAACUUAUACUUUUAUGAGGUAAACUGUUAUAUAUUUACUGAAUUUAUACUUUUAUGAGGUAAACUGUUAUAUAUUCACUGAACUUAUACUUUUAUGAGGUAAACUGUUAUAUAUUUACUGAAUUUAUUCUUUUAUGUGGUAAUAAAGUUACUUUACAUUUACAAAUUUAAGUGAUGAAGUUGAUCAGCAAUAAAGUCACUCCAAAUUGUUUAGUAAAUUGCAAAAUGAUGAGCAUUGUCAAAAUCACUGUGU